GACUUAUUCACACUGACUCACAAUUAAAUACUCUGAUAAUCGCGAGCAAGUCAGUACUGGCCUGACAGCUGCCUCUUCGCCGAUCGACUGAAAUGGACGUGCGUGGCAGCCGGACUUGUCCAGUUUAGGAGGAUCAUUGCCAUCCCCCGCAGGAUCCAUUGUGACUAAUGCAGCUUCUUAUCAAUAAGUGCCCACUGAUGGUCACAAUCCUCACCCACUGCCGUUGUCGGUGCUGAACCCGACUAAAUGUUUGCCCGUUUUCGCGACCAGGUUUGGGGCAUUUGGGCCUAUAGUCGUCGAUCUUCACCCGGAUCGGCACCCUCGGGGGCUCCUCUGCGCCCUUGCUGGCCAAGGCAGGCAAAUCGCACCCGCCGGGGUCAUGGAUUGGGAUUGGCAUUCCUCCUCCCCCCCACCAAGCCCAUAGUCACGUUAGCUGAUGUCUUCGUCACGGCGAUCUCUUCGGCUGUCCACCAGGUCUGCCUCCCUCCAUUUAUCCAUCCGCCCUCCCAGUAUCGGUCACAGCCAGUCAAAGGUGUAUCAAUGCUUGUGCGUGGUCUUGGUGACGCCAUUUUGAUCGCAAUCCCACACUUUCUGCUGACCGCCUGCAUUUGCGAACGCCAGGGAUGGAGAUAAGUGAGUCCGGUCUGUCGCACUAAAUGAGCUUGAUCACUCGACACUCUAUUUGAUUCCGCUAUCUCGGUCUGUCGCCUGCGUCUCGGAAAAGCAUACAUA